AUGAUGCGGACCAAACAAUCAUUAAGUACAAAAAUAAUUAUUGAUUAUCCAUGGACAAAAACUAAAGAAGAAAUUGCUGAUCUUUAUCAUGUUGACGAAGACAUUGGUCUUCUUGAAGAUCUUAUCAGACAAAGUUUUGAACGAUAUGGACCUAAUAGUAAUUUAAAUAUAUCUAUCAUACAUAUUAUUCAUAUUUUCUAUAUAGAAUUACCAGCUGAAGAGAAUAAACCAUUAGGAAAACUUAUUUUAAAACAGUUCGAUGAUCUUCUAGUCAAAAUUUUACUUGCUGCUGCUUCCUUAUUUGAAGAACAUAAAGAAGAAGAUAGUCUUGUAGCAACUUUUGUUGAGCCACUUGUUAUUCUUCUUAUUCUUAUUGCAAAUGCAGCUGUUGGUGUAUGGCAGGAACGAAAUGUCGAAAGUGCUAUUGAAGCAUUAAAAGAAUAUGAAUCUGAAACAGCCCAUGUUAUUCGACAAAGUCGACUGGGACACGUUCAACGAAUUAAAGCUCGAAAUCUUGUACCAGGAAGUAUUGUUGAAGUAACUGUUGGAGAUAAAGUUCCAGCUGAUAUACGUAUAACAACAAUUUAUUCAACAACACUUCGUGUUGAUCAAUCAUUAUUAACUGGUGAAAGUGUUUCAGUUAUUAAACAUACAGAUCCAAUAUUUGAUCUAGGUGCUGUUAAUCAAGAUAAAAAAAAAAUAUUCUUUUUUCUUUUUUUCGAUAUAACUGUAGCUGGAAUUCUUAAAGGUUUACCAGCUGUUAUAACAACAUGUCUUGCAUUAGGAACACGUCGAAUGGCUAAGAAGAAUGCAAUUGUACGUUCAUUACUAUCAGUUGAAAUACUUGCUUGUACAUCAGUUAUUUGUUCGGAUCAAACAGGAACAUUAACAACUAAUCAAAUGUCUGUUUGUCGAACGUUUAUAUUCAAUAAAGCUGAAAGUAAUGAUAUACAAAUCGAUCAAUUUGAAGUAACUGGAUCAACUUAUGAACCAAAAGGUGAUAUUAUGUUUAAUGAAACAAAAUUUAAUUGUUCUAAUCGUAGUGGAUUAAUUGAAUUAGCUGAAUGUGCUGCUUUAUGUAUUGAUUCAGCAUUAGAUUAUAAUGAAUCAAAAGGAGUUUAUGAAAAAGUUGGUGAAGCAACAGAAACAGUAUUAACUGUUCUCGUUGAAAAGAUGAAUGUUUUUAAUACAAAUAAAUCACGUUUAUCACUACAAGAAAUAGCUAUAUCAUCAAAUAUAAUUAUUCGUCAAAAAUAUCGUAAAGAAUUUACAUUAGAAUUUUCAUGUGAUAGAAAAUCAAUGUCACCAAUAUGUUGUUACUGCUGGCAGAGAUACUAA